AUGGCUGUGUGGUUGGAGCCAAGCCACAACCGUGUCCUUCCUUUGCUUCUUUAUUAUUCUCCUCUUAACGACCACCAGGACGACUUUUCUGUGCUCGUUAAUUCGGGACGAGGUGUUGGUCCUCUUGUCGAUUUCAGACGAAUCUUCAGUCUUAAGCUUAACUUUACGAAGGGAUUCGAUGUUCAGACAAUCAUAAUGAAAGCACCUCUGAGCCAAUUUGGACUGUAG